AUGGGGAACAAAGGCAUGGAAGACCUUAUCCCUGUUAUGAACAAAAUUCAAGAUGCUUUUGCGCAUAUAGGACAACCAUCCUCUAUAGAUUUGCCUCAGAUUGCCGUUGUGGGAAGCCAGAGCGCUGGUAAAAGUAGUGUUUUAGAAAACUUUGUUGGAAGGUGAGUGUAAACGUUAAUAGCUAACAAGAAUCAAUCGGUGUUUACAACUCGAACAUUGGCAUCAACGGCCUGAAUGUAUUCAAUAUUCCAGGGAUUUCUUGCCGCGAGGAUCCGGCAUUGUCACAAGAAGACCACUGAUUCUUCAACUUCAUCCGGAGAAGUCAGGUGAUCUACAAUGGCUCGUAACGAUUGUUUCAAAUGUUUAGCAUUUGAAGUGGAAAAUUGAAAAUAGCAGAUCUGUUUUGUUACUUUUCGUCCAGUGACUGACAUUGUCCUGAUAACAGUCGUGCCCAUUAAAAAACACUGUAAUUGGCUAUAUGCCCGGCAGCCGGGAAGGGUCUUAAAAAAACUAAAUGCCUGGCAGUUAGAAAAUUUUUUGGAUUUUCUUCGAAACCCCCCUUUCUAAUCGUCUGAAAGUACUCUAUCUUCAUUUAAAAUCACCAAGCGAUCAGGAAAACAGGAAUGGCUUCGCAGUUGAGCGUUUGUGUUUUCUUGGGCAUAGAGUAGUGUCUACGCCUUUUCGACAUUUCGAAAAAUUUCGUGAGUAGCAGCGCGUGACUCACAGGCACGUUUUCGCACAGGCCAAAUAGAGGGGGACAUUGGGGGUAUCCAAUACUGCAAUACCGUAACAAAUUAUGGCAAAUAACGAAUACCGCGUCGAAAAUCGUCUAAAUACCGAUACCGCAUAUUUUAACCACAUUUAUAAUCGGUUCCGCAUACUUAUGGUUGCUUCCAUCUAGCACGUUUAAUUAUCUCAGGCUUUCAUGCACCAGAUGUCCAUGUUUUUUUUAAUAUUUUGGUAGUUCGCAAUUUUUUUGCAAAUUUUCGCUGAAAAGUAAACUACAUUCGUUCAACCGUUUGGUAGGUCGACCCAACAUCUAAUCAACUCCAAUAAAAAUAACUCUUGAAAGCGCGAAAAACAAACCAACCAUAGCCUGCUAGAGCAUCCGGUUUUUUCGGCUCAAGUUUCGAGUUUCAAAAACCGAAUGCUUUCGCAGGCUAAACCAACCAAAACCAUUUCCACGCACGUCUAGUGCGAGUUUUGAUAAGUGAGUCUAGUUUGGCAAGUCAGUCUGAUAGGGGUCAACUUUCUCGGCUGUCUCACACGCCGUGCCGGUAAGAGGCAAACUUACCAAAUUUUCUCUUUUAAUUUUACAAGGCGUUUUUCAAUUCUCGAAACCCGACAUCUAAACUUAUUCUUGUUGCGAUAAUGUUCGCCUCCUUCGCCUUCUUCAUAAAAAAUUGCCACACAGUCAAUGAUGUGUGAUGACCACGCCGUCUUCAACCUCAGCGACUUUAGCCAUUGUGAGAAAACGUGGAAGACCUCGAAUUACCGGCACAGAUACACAGAUCGAAAAGCCUGGUGAGGUAACUUGAGACGACUCAUUAUCAUUGGAUGCAACAACAAUCACAUUGUAUAUUAUCGACCAUUAACUGUCACAAAAUGACCCACGAAUGGUGUAAUCAUUUACCGUUAUGUCUCAAGACUUCUAAAUAUUAACUUUUAUUGACCUUUAUGUCCUACUGUGUUUUGUUUUGCGAAAGAAAAGCGCAAAUAAAAGGUACCGUAAAACCGUGAACAAUCUUAUUUCACCGAAUACCGUCUGCCAAAAUGAUGAAGAAUUGCAUACCGCAGAGCUAGAUGAUACCUCAAUACCGCACGUUAAAUUAAGAAAUACGGCAUGAAAAAAAGCCUAAUACCACAAUACCGUAAACCCCCAUGUCCCCUUCUAAAUAAUCGGCUGUCCGAGAGGCGACUGAAAAGUUAGGAAGCCUAUUAUUAAGCCAAAGAAUACAUACUUCCCUCGAUUAUUUUCCCAAAGCAAUAACAAGGAUACAGCGCUUUCAUUUUCAAACCUCAUUUUGCAAGGCCUCUAGCCGCGUGAAGGUAAACUCUCGACACAGCUUGAGUCCCCCUCAAAAUAUUCUAUCCUUGUUUAGAAUUGGAAAGUAAUGGAAAACCAACAGCGUUUUUCGAAAUCCCUUUUUGUAAUCGUCUGAAAGUAUUCUAUCUUCAUUUAGAAUCAACAAGCGAUCAGGAAAACAGGAAUGGCUUCGGAGUUGAGCGUUUGUGGUUUCCUGGGCAUAGAGUAGAGUAGACGCAGUUUCGACCCUUCGAAAAUUUCGUGAGUAGCAGCGCGUGACUCAGAGGCACGUUUUCGGACAGUCUAAAUUACUCGGCAGUCUGAGAGGCGACUGGAAAGUUACAAAGCGUAUUGUUAAGCCAAAGAAUACAUACUUGCCAGCGCUUUCAUUCUCUGUUUUCCUGAUCGCUUGGUGAACACCCUUUCCGGCUGCCGGGCAUAUUGUCGGUUUUCACAUGACGUCACUAAAAUUUAAACUAAAAAAACCAUCGAUCCUACCGAGAUUUUGCUUUCACGAUGCAUUAGAGCAGCUGAAAACUAAUUUUCAUACAAAUUUUCGUUUCAAAAGGGUUCUUGGUUUUGUGAUAGAGUACGCUUGAAUUGCUAAGCUUUUGCGUGACGCGGCAUUUACAUGAUGGCCAAGAGAGCUGUCAUGUAGGUUAAAGAAUGACUUAUUUCAGGAAAUUUGCUAUCUAAACAGUUCAUGUAUUAGAAAAAGUAUUACUUUAAUGUUUAUGAGUUUCUCGAAUAAUAAAUUCACGCUUUUGUAGCAAAACUCGGUAACAGAUGUUUCUGUUGGUUUCCGUCCGCCAUGUUGGAGCUCUCCCAGGCGAGCACCAGCAUGGCGUUUCCAUACAAAUCUCUAUAAGUUUGCGUAAAACAUUUCUUCGGAUAUCUCGUAUACGAAAUAUUCCUCUGACCUGAAUCUUGGCGAGGGUCUUUGUAUAUGUACCUCCUUUCAUUUCCCAGAUUCUAGACUUUAUCUAUUGAACGGUUUUGAUUUUGAUUUUGAUCUAUUUUGAAUGGCGUUAAAAAGUAAUAAGUAAAUAAUAUAAUGAUAGUAAAAAUAAUAAUUAAUACAGUAAAAUAAAGUGAAAUCUCAAAAAGUAAAACAGUAAUAAUGAUAAUAAUAAUGAUGAUGAUAUUAUUGAUAAUUACAAGAGUACUGAUAAUGAGAACUGAAUAAUGAAAGAGGAUCGAUAUAGAUUGUGCAAAAUGUUCCCUAAAAUAAUGUUAUAAGAGAGUUAUAGAAUCCCAGGGGCCCCACUCACAUAUUUUAAUGACGGGGGGGUCCGACAGAGGUUCAUAUUUUAUACCCAAAAAAAUCCCAACUUCAGAAUUUGUCUACCCAAAAAAAUCCCUACUUUUUUUAGCAUACCCAAAAAAAUCCCUCAGUGUUUUUGCAUCAGCAAAUUUUAUUAUUUAUCUUCUGGAAAGCUAAAACAUGCCAACUUCAACUUUGGUUUUGGUCAAAAACAAAACUAUAAAUUGCGCUUAUGUUAUUUUUGAUUUGAGCUGAUGAAAAAUACAAUACCCAAAAAAAUCCCUCUGUAGUUUUCGCGACCCAAAAAAAUCCCGGCGUCUUUCACAGACCCUAAAAAAUCCCUUUUGGCCAAAAUGUCAGACCCAAAAAAAUCCUUCGGACCCCCCGUCAUUAAAAUAUGUGAGUGGGGCCCCUGGGUAUAGAAUUAAUUACCCUGAGAUCAGGCUCUAUUUUCGUUUCGCUUGGAAAAUUACAUUCCGGUGGGCAAGGCGAAACGAAAUGAGAGCCUGAUACAAACCUUUAACGAAAUGGCUGCCGCCCACUUUUUUGAUUGAUUGACAUUUGCCGAAUCAGCCAAUCAGAAUUACUUCCGUUGCUUGUUUUUCUAGUAUGCAAAUUUUUCACGCGUGGGAAAAAUACAGACUGGCUGACUUAAAAAAUAGCGUUUAUCUGUUACUUUUUUCAGCUAAAAAUAAAACAGUCAUCAGCACAAUCACAUUUAAUUUCUUGCGAGAUUAAGAGAGAUCUCGAAGGUUACUUCUGUUGGCGUAGAAGGUAAAAAGUUUUUGAAAAGACGGCGACACGAUGUUCUACUAGUUUUAUUAUUUUGGCUAGGCGCUCUGGAAUUUAAAAUACUGAAAUCUCUAUUUUUCCGUUGUCUUGAUAUUUCCCUCGGCAAUUUCCCCCGAUUUUCAGUACAUAAAUCUUUAAAAACAAAAGCAAACAGCCAACGAGCAAGGACACCAGUUUUCUUGGUUUAUUUUUAACAAAAAGCGUAGUCAAACAACCAGUCUGUGAACACUAAAAAUUCCUUGAACAGCGAUGCAAUAUUUUUCGUAUAAUACUUCACAGUUGCACUGUAAUUUUCAGGGAGUUAUAAUAACUCCUCUAGUGGGGCUAAUUUAACUCCUUACAGUGGAGUUAUUUUUCGUGGAGUUAUUUUAACUCCAAAAAGGAGUUUAAAGAACUCUUUUUCAGGAGUAAAAGUGACCACAGAUUUUGAGGAGUUAAAAUAACCCCAAAAAAGGAGUUAUCCUGUACCUAAAAUUUUUACUCCACUUUCAGAGUUAAAUUAACUCCAAAAAGAGUGAAAACAACCCCUGUAAGGAGUACAAGUAACCCCAUUUCGGAGUAAUUUUAACUCCAAGACUGGGAGUAAAAAGAACUCUUUUUCAGGAGUAAAAAUGACCCCAAAUUCGGAGUUAAAUUAGGAGUUAAAAUAACCCCAAAAAAGGAGUUAUCCUGUACCUAAAAUUUUUACUCCAUUUUUGGAGUUAUAAUAACUCCCUAAAAAUUACGGUGUGGCGAUUGAGGUUUCUUUCGCAGUGAGCCUCCACUUGCGUACCCCGUUCAGAGAAGUCAUUCCCGGCUAAACUUUCAAAUGAAACCAGUUUUAAGAUGGACAGUAUUUUGAUUUGCACCCGCUUGUUGGUAAAUCAAAAUGCACCUUGUUAGCGGUCAACAACUUGCAGAGGGAUUCAACUCCGCGAUACACUCACUUUCCGUACAUAAAGCAAAUCCUGAGAAGAUAUGAACAACCACAUGAAUUUUCUGAAUUUCCAUGGCACAUAUUAAGGCAUAUUUUCCUACCAUAAGACCAUAAAACAAUAAAAAAGACAGCAAAAUCGAUCCUUCUCUCCACCGACGACUGAUCAUUAACGAAAACAACCAAGCGAGGAAUAAGCGCUUCCAACUUCCGGCGUUUCCCACAGCCAAUCAGAUCUUGUGGCAUUGUUCUAACAGCCAAUCAGCGUUACGGCCAAAAUCUGGCCGUAACGAGCACAUUAACGAGCAUAAUAACGAGCAUCAACUUGUAAUAGUUUGUAUCAGGCCCAAUUUCAGCGGUAGCCGUUAGAGAGAAUGUAUGAGAACCGCUCAAAUUGGGCCUGAUCUCAGGUUAAGAAUUAAUGGUUAAAAAACGAACAUGUUUUGAUGUUCAACUAUCAUCAUUAUCAAGUCAAAGAAAAAGAGUUGUUUGGAAAAAAUAAUAAUUACUUAAACAAUAAUUCAUAACUAGACUGAACUUACAGACGUAUGUAAGUGUCAAAAAUAACUGAUCAAACAAAGAGCAUGGCAUGGAUGGAAUUAUCAGCUUGGGAGUUCAAGAUUGGUUUGAGUUCUGAACUCAAUGAAAGUAAAUUAUUGUAAAACUGCCCAUUUUUUAAUUCCCCGGUACAUCUUGUUGUGCAUUAACUCUUUGACUUUUGAUUUUGCCUGUUGUACAGAGUUUGCAGAAUUUCUUCACUGCAGGGGAAAGAAAUUUACUGAUUUUGAAGAAGUAAGGAAAGAGAUUGUGGCAGAAACUGAAAGAGAAACUGGCAGCAAUAAAGGAAUUUCAUGUCUACCAAUUAAUCUUCGGGUUUUCUCUCCUCACGGUAGGAAAAUUAGCGAUCUUUGUUUUAACAGGGUCAGGGUAUGAGGGGCCGGGCCACACCUCCCCGCCCAAGGAUACACCUUACUUUUUAGAGUUUCAAAGCACUGGGCACCCUUCAAUUUUCCUUAGAACACAGCCUUGGUGUGACAAACAUCCUGCAUACUGCUAGGAUUAGAUGUCAAAGAUACAUGUACAUGCAUGUAUGUGCUUUUGCACAAUGAUAGAAUGCCACUCUGAUCACUAGGAAACAGGGUUUAAAAUGAUUAUCUCCAUCUUUGUUUAGUCUGGGGUCAGAAUCAGAAACGCACACUUUAUAAAGUCAAAUAUUUGCAUACAACAAAAGUUGGCCAUUCUUUUAAGAAAAUGUUCAAGGUUUGACUUCCAAUCUAUGGACUGCUACACAGACCAUACAUGCUAAAAAAAGGUGACUUCCUUUCAUACAAAAAUUAAAUUAAAAUAUUUUUAAUAUUUAUUCAUGAAAGAAAAAAAAUUGUUUUUAACAUUGUAUAUUAGCCGAUCCCUAUGGAAGCCAGUCUUCUUUUAAUAAUUUAGUGACACAAACUUGAGCCAGGUUUCAUUUUAAAAUAUUAUUGCGAUGCUUUUUUUGGAGUUUAGCACCAGUAGUAGAAAACUGUCUGAAAACUGGAAUAUACUUAGGGGGUGUUACAUGACACCGGGGCGACUUUCGCACUGGCGCGAGCUCACUCCGGUUCCCUCUCAUAGCUCUAUAUUCGUUUACAUGAUCCCACCACAAAAUGUCAUGCCGGCGCUAGUCACCCUGUCGUGAGUUCGCUCCGGUUGUUGUACCAGGACGAGAAUUUCACGCCAGCAUGAAAUCUCGCAACGGUAUCAUGUAAACGCAAAACGACCACUUGUUUCGGUGUGAAACCGGACUGCCUGUGGACUGUAACGCGUAGCGCAUGCGUAAUGGUUGCGAUUUUGAAUCACAUGGGUAUUUUAUCAACAUGAAGUCUACCUCCAAAUAACAAGAAAUAAAAUGGCCCAGUCAACAUGUAAACUGGAUACAAAAUCAUCGCCGUAUGAAACUCCCAAAGUCAUCGCCGUAUGAAACUCCCACCGGUGCGAGUUUCAUAUUUUCUUUAUAUUUUUUAGUGCUGAAUUUGACUCUGGUGGAUCUUCCUGGUAUGACAAAAGUUCCUGUUGGUGAUCAGCCAGCAGAUAUAGAAAUGCUGAUUAGAAGCAUGUUGAUGCAGUUUAUCACCAAACCAAACUGCCUUAUACUGGCAGUGUCACCUGCAAACUCAGAUUUAGCUAACUCUGAUGCACUGAAGAUUGCAAAGGAGGUAGAUCCUGAGGGUAAGUUUUUUAAUGCACUCUUUGUACUUGGCCAGCUUUUUGGAGGUGUGUAAAAUAAUAUUGCUCAAGAAAAUGAUGCAGAAGAAUAUAAAAUUUGAACUAAGAAAUUAAUCACUUGUCACUUGUAUGUAUUUUAUUCAUUUUUUUCACUGGCCCUGGUCUCUACUGCACUUACUAAUUGUGUACAGGAAUAAGUACCCAAAAGGACUGAACAUUGAUUAAAUUUGUCUUUCAAUGAUUCAGGUGUACGAACAAUUGGAGUAAUAACCAAGUUGGACCUCAUGGAUGACGGAACAGAUGCACGAGACAUUCUAGAAAACCGAGUCCUUCCUUUAAGAAGAGGUCAGACAGUAUUAUUUUAUUUUACCGUUGUAUGAAUUCACUGUAGUUGAAAAGUAAUACUGCUUAAAGUGACUAUGAUAACAGGCUACACUAAAAUCCAAGUCUUUUACUGUUCUUCUGGUCUCUGGGAAAACAAAGAUAUUUCACUCAAACAUCAAAGUGAGUUAAUUGCCAGAGGUCACUUGGCAGUGCUGAAGCAUACCCUGUUAUCGGCAGGUUGUUUAUUUUUGGGCCUAUUCAUCCCAUAUUUUUCAUCAAUGACACUUUCCAAUGUGUCCAGUGCCUCCCAGGGACAUUGAAGGGACAUGCUGUAGCCAAGUCAAAUUAUUGUUUUGCUUGCCAAUGAUUGCAGCAGCUGGAGGAAACUUGUGGUCAAGCCUGCUUGAUGUUAAUGAUUAUGAUGAUGAUGAUGAUGAUGAUGAUGGAAGCAAUAGUAUAUCUUUGGUUCCUUUUCAGGGCUCGAAAUUAAAAAAAUCCCCAAGUCGCCUUUUGGCGACCAGCUGGAGAAACAUAGUCUCCAGAUGCAAAUUUUUAGUCGCCAGUUUGUAUAAUGUAAAUGACGCAGCUCAUAGUAUGAGCUAGGCUUCUGAUAUUUAGCGCGGAUUUGCGAAAUUCAGGUGAAUACGCGAAAUCCCGCGAAAGCCAUGCAAAAUACCGCGAGAUUCGCUAGAAAACUUAACAAAUACAUAUCGAUACAGCAUAUUUGAAACUUAUCUCGGCUAUUGGGACUGUUUAAUUGCCGUAAACUUGCAAAUUUAUCUUGAAACUCCAUUACCACAACGAGCGAACAACGUCCUAAAACUCCCAGGCGUAAAUUAUGUUUGCGAAAAACUGCGCUCUAGUCAUGAUGUUAAAAGCUUUGCCAUUAGCGCUUUAUUGUUAAACAACAAGGCGCUUACAGCAGUCUCUUUCUACACGAAACAGGUUUUACUUGCUAAAGGUUUUUUACUUCCUACUUUAUCGACGUCAAUACUUUUUACUUGUUUCUGAAUUGAUUUAGUACGCGUGAUGGCGACGACCGGAAAUACGUCUGCGGUCGCAGGCUAUAGGCGUGUGUAAAUCCACGAAAAUUCAAGGGCCUCAAUUCCAGAGAAAUUACAUCAUUGCCAGAGAUCAAACAAAUGAUUUACACGGCACGUCAUUUCAAUCGUCGCCGAAAAUAAAAUCGCAUCUCAUCACAAGACCCUAAUGCAUAAAAUGAAAGUUUACAAAACGCAACCAUCGCAGUUUUGCUAAUUAAGAUUGUUUUUUCGACCACUCAGUAGUGUUCACUUGUUCCAAAGUAAUCGACGAUUUCAAGCGAUAGAAUUCGUGAACCGACACGUUUCGGAAAAGUUUUAAAUUUAAUCUUUCCUAAGCUUUCUUCGCAAAACAUGCGUGGCUUCGACCACGCAACGAUUCUUAGUCCCAGUUUCCACGGACUCUGCAAGUAACUCCUGGCACAAUGACCCCCAAUUUGUAUUUUAAAUACGACGAAAACCUCCGGGGGGUACUUCCAGAAAAACCGGGUCGGGUUGUGCGGCACUCUUCCUGAAACCCUUACCCUAUUUCAGACCAAAAUCUGUGAUUUUCCCUAUAUCCAACCGUAUUUCAGACCUGAAGCCCUGGAGCCCGGCGCGUGACAAGCUGUUACGGCACGUAUACGAUUGAUGCAAACAUUAAAAGAGAAAUGGUCUUAUCGCCAAAUGAUGAAGAACUAGCUUCUUCUAAAAAAAUAUACCCAAUUCAAGACUAGAGUGCACAAACCAUACCCUUUUUCAGACCACAAUGGUCGAAAUUGAUACCCUUUUUCAGACAAAAACGGCUAAAAAACCAUACCCUUUGGCGGGGCACAUACCUAUAUAGCCAAUAUAAGGAAGAACCCCCGGGGGGAAGGCGUUGCAGAUUAUGAAUCUCGCUGCUUACGCAAAAUAAGAAAAUGGCAUCACAACUCAGAUGAUAGCACUGACAUCAUUUUUAGACUAAUAUUAUCGGUUCUCUUCUUCAGUUUGAUAUCAAGUUGUGUAAGUCAUCAUCCGCUAUGGCAUUUAUUUUUUGCUUCCCAGUUUCAAUGCAAUUAUCUGUUUUCACUUUUAAAGUUUGGAUUUGUUGGUGUAUAUCAGUAUUCUUCUCUAAACACCUUAUUGAGCUAUCUCCAAUAUUGAGCAUUACAGUUGGACAGAUUGUGAAAACUAAAGUCCGGGUAAAUUUGAAGUAUAAUAAAAUCAUCGUAGAUUAUUUUUUAUCGUGUACACUAAUACUACUGGGCAAGGAAGAAUAAGUAUGUGAAAAAAUAUAAUUCACUGCCCUUGAAAAACUAACAAAGAGGUCGCAAGAACACAAAUAAGUAGCCCAGCAAUAUUUUUGUUUGAUAAUAACAGCUUUUUGUAAUGAAAUGGUCACUGAAAACUACCCAUGCAAGACAUACUAAGGAACAUAAAAGAAACUAAAUAUUCACUAGUCUUACAUUGAAACCAGACAUUGCUAUAUCUAUAUCUUACAGAUACAACCUAAAACAUUUGUAUAACAUACAAAUUCAAAAGUAUUUGCAAACAAGAAAAUUAUACAGAAUUAUGCACAAAUGAAAUACAAAUGGCCAGUAACAGCUAUUAAACCAUUGAAAAACAAACUUUUUAGUGUGACCAGCAACCCUAGCACACUUGUGUACUUCAUGUCCAGUAUGAUUCAAUUUCAUUCUUGGUUAAAUUUAUUAACUGCAGCCAGGCUUAAUCAAACUUGAUUCAAAAAAUACUUUGCUGUUUCCUUGUCUACAAUGUAUAAUAUUAAGAGAGAGGAUAUAAUGCUAGAAGCUAGAAAUAUUAUACGGUAGUACUAUCAAAAGAUAAGGCACCUCAAGGAAAUCGAGUUGGUCCCUACUAUUCUUCAGUCAUUUUCUUUCACUCUCUAAAAGAGUUACACCUGUCCAUUAAUGCAGACAUUUUGUGCCAGUCCCAAAAGUUUCCAUCUGAGAGCUGACUGUAGUUUGUGCGACACCACACUUAAGCCUCUGACGACAAAAAUACAAUGUUACACAGCCUUAAUUUAUUCUACUUGCAAUCAAAUUAAGACCUCUUCAUGUUCUUCUUGAUAUUCACGGUAUUAUGAACUCGUUUAUCUUUCAGUGUGUGUUCUAGUAGUCUUUUCAGGCCGGGCACUCACUGUUGUCCUGCAAAAAAUUAUAAUAACAAACACAUUCUAUGAUUCAAUUUUACAGUGGAAUCUUUGUGGGAACUUGAAAGCAAAUUUCUGCAUAGACUUCAUCCUGUUUCUGUGUAAUACAACCUUUAGAUUUAUACCGCAGUGAAGCAGAAUUUGUUGUUGUUUAUGUAGACUGCCACAUGCACCACAUCAUUCGAAUGUAAUUUUUUAGUAGUUCUCUAAUUUUUUUCUAAUUCUAAUUUUUUUUAGUUACAGAACCGCGAUCGGAUCGCGGUUCUGUAACUAAAAAAAAUUAUUUACCAUCUUAGUGUAUAUUAAAAAAAAGGGAAAAUUGCUAAAUUGGGCAACUGAAAUCUUUUAUUUUACUAACAAGCUAAACGCCAACGUACAAAACAAAAACCUUGCUAUCGCCACUAUGAAGUCGUCACUUCUAAAAAUUUACAUGUACAAACAAAAUUUAUAAAACCAUUACAUAUUUUUUUUGCAGCCGUUUAUUAUCAUUUGGGUUUGACUGGCAAGAUAAAACGCGACCUUCAACCUGUAAUAUUCGAUUGGCCAUUUUCACACUACAUAAACAUAAAGGGCGCAAAAACACCUCAACUUAUACGAGUAUCUAUAAAAUAUCACCUAAAUAUUUUCUGUAUAUCACAUAGAAAUACGCCAAAUAUCAAAUCUAAUUAUAGAUUGCAGCGAUCUAAAGAUAUAAAGCAAUAAAUCCGAACCUACCUCCAGCUAGACGGCGCCAUUUUUCUUGCCCUGACAGUGGAUCGAGAGCGGAAAGGCCAACUAGUUCCAGUCCUACUCCGCAUCACAGCUGAACCAGAGAGCGCGUAUGAGCGUUUCGAAGCCCUAGCUUCUUACCCCCUGAUGGUUUACGAAAUAGCCUGCGUAGCAAGCGUUUCCGUUUGGUGUCUUAGCAAAAAAAGACCGUGGAAAGGGAUUUUCGGUAUUGACCGCGCGAGAAAUGAAACGAGAACCAAAAAAGGAAAGAGGGGGGAGGGGAAGGGGAAGGAAAGAAACCUACCUUUCUUCCCCAACCCCUCCCCGCUCUUUUACUUGCGCCAUUUUUCGCUCGGUCUUUGACUCUUGUUCCUCAUUCUUUGCUCCUAAACAGCACAGAAACGCUUGCUGCGCAGGCUAUGUACGAAAUAUCAAAUUGUUCGUUACAAGUAUCCAGCAUCAUUAUAGUCAAACCAGGUCAAGCGUUCCCGUCGCUAACGAACUAAUGAAUUCAUGAACGGAAAAAUGAUUUCGUUUGUUGAUUCAAUAAUCCAUUUAUAAAAUGAACAAUCCAAUAUUCAUAUUUAGACUCGAUUCCAUAAUCGAAUGUUGAUCCGAUUACUGUUUUUUGAAAAACUACACUUUCCACAAGUCGACCUCAGAAUUUUGUUUUUUCUUCUUUUUUUCUAAGAGUCGAGUACGGGCGAGUCUGAAGUUCAAACCCAAACAAACUGUUACAUGUAUGCCAUUUUACUUCCAGUAAUUAGUGCAACUGACCUGACCUCUUAGAAACUGAGGUCAGUGUAUGUGCGGUGCUUGGUGGAUUUCGAUCCCCGGCCUUUGUCAGUUUCUUUGCGUUUGCGGUCUGUCUAUUCAAGCUGUUAUUUUGAUUAAAGGCAAUUAAAAACGCAAUCGUUAACGGCAGGAAAAGGGAAGCAAAUACGACUGAACACAACAGACAAGAAUAAAGAAGAGGUAGAUUUUGUUCAUAAACCAAAUCAACAUUUAAUUAUUGAAUCGAGGUCCAAUUUGACCGUUGGAUUAUUCAUUUUAUGAAUGGAUUAUUGAAUCAACAAACGAAAUCAUUUUUCCAUUAAUGAAUUCAUUAGUUUGCUAGCGACGGGAACGCUUGACCUGGUUUGACUGUAAAAAAGGAAAAGAAUCAGGCUGUUGAACAGGAGAGUGAAAUUUAUGACGAUUUGCUUGUUGUUUUUGAUCGCAUCAUUGAAGUUCUGCUUCCUUUUUUCAACAUUUGAUGUAUUCACUUCUUUCAAAGUUAUCUACGCUUUCAAACUACAGAAUUCGUGGAACGACUCAUUCCGAAAACGUUCGACAUAUUUCAGUGUGGGUCUACAACGAAUGGUGUGAGGAUUUGUAAGCGACAUCACCGUAUAAUCCAUCAAUCUUUCCGAAUUUUUCUUCUCAAAACAUAACAUUCUGACAAUUAUACGUUGUUUUUCGAAGCGUGAUGAGAAGCGUGAUGAGUAAAUCUUACUUUUGCCGCUCUGAGUCUAACAUUUAUUAGAGGUCAUGAAGGUUUCAAGUUCUCAAAGUUUCAUGCAGACCGCGUAGUUGUCGGGUUACCCUGCAGUCAAGCUCAACUUUCCAGAAUUUGGAAAGUACAACGUGAUUGGCUAAGCGUUGGAAAGGAAUGUUGUCUUCGGUUGAGCAGGCGUUUGUGGGGAGGGACGAAAUACGAGCUUCCGUAAAAACGCCUGCAUGGGAGGCUAUCUAGAGAGAGCACGAGCAUUUCUUACUUUUUGUUAUGUCUGUUUUGCACUUGCGAUUUUAUCGGCUUGCGGUGUCAUGUGAGCAUGAAACGUAACCUGUUUUGUCGAAAAAGAUAAAGUGUGAUUUCUUGCAUGGAAGAAAAAAUUUUGUUAUAGCUCUAAAACGUGAUAAACGUUGCGCGUUAUUCCAGUCAUCGCCGAAAAUAAACCGCAUGCUCAUCACGAGAUUCAUUUGCGUACAAUAAAAGUCGUCACGAUUCUUAUCCCCAGUUUCCACGUUCUCCGCUAGGAACGCGUGGCCUACAAACUAGGUCCCACCGACAAAAAAAAAGAAACGCCUGCAUUUUUAGAGUCUCGCUCUGCUAAAGCAAGCUCGACUAAAUAGCAAAUGAUUAUCUCUGUUAAAAAACAUUAAACACGCUCGUCAAAUCAGCUUAAAAUCGAUCGUUUUCUAGCGAGAUUUGUUCUGAAAAUUUCCAUGAAACUGGCCUUUUGUUACCGAUUGUUUUUCGGCAACUUAGCCCCACAGACGUUCGUCACGCGUUCCUGCCCCAAGAAAAAACUACUCAGUUAACUCACAAGCGUUUGUACUAGCGGCUACCCUCACAAUCCCAUUGAAAAAAAAAUUACCUCGGAGGUUAAAUUUGCUGAACGGAAGUCGGCUUUACUACAAAACAAUAACGUGUCAAAAAAAAUUCUGCCUUUUGUUCAGUCUUGCAAGGUAAGCCCGCCGUUGCAUCACCCAAAGAGCAACUUUAUGAGCAAAUGACAUCUAAUCCAGCCUUUACAGAGAGAAAUAUACAAAAAACCCAACGCUUAUCUCCUAGAUUCUUGUCCGGAGCAAAAAUCUUUGGUCACGUAUCACACUCUACGGAGCUUGUACGUAUGUGUUUGGCUUGUCAACACUUUGAAUUCAACAGCGCCUACUGGAUCUCCGACAAUCUGCAUGUGAUCACUAGCUGAUAUUUGCGAACAAUGGGAAAGAAAUUUAUCCUUAGGUUCAGCAGACGUUCGAGGGGCAGGAACGCGUUUUGAACCCCUAAGAACGUCUGCGUGGGAGGUUACCAAAGUGACUAAACCAGAAUUUUUUGUCGCCAAGGAGAAAAUAUUAGUCGCAUUGGCGACAGUUUUAGUCGCAAUUUCGAGCCCUGUUUGCCAUAAUCAAAAGUGGGCUGUCAUUAAGAUGUGGGGGACGGGGAUUUCCCCUGGGUACUUUCAUAGGAAAAGAGUAGAAAAAUAGAACCAAAAGAAAUCCCUAGCUGUUUGAUUCGCCCCUACUUGUUGAUUUUACCCGGAAACUUGAAAUCUUAGUGACAACCCUAGUUAAGAAUGUUGACUUUGUUAUUUUUUGCAGGCUACAUUGGAGUGGUAAACCGAAGUCAAGCUGACAUUGAUGGAAGAAAAGAUAUCAGAUCGGCUUUAGCUUCUGAACGUAAAUUCUUCCUCAGUCAUCCUUCAUACAGGUUAGAGCCUGAAUUGAAAUCAAAGUUCCAGAAAAGUUUAUGGCUAUUGGUUUGCAUAACUGACUUAUCCCGUUGGUACUGAUUCUUUUGGUAGAUACACUGUAGGGCUAUCCAACUUUUGAGCAACUUAGGUCUGAGGCCUAUUAGUAACACUAUGGUUGUUUGUGAUUGAUGUGUUAUGAAUCUCACUCAUGGCUGGUGGGUCUUAAUCCAAAGUUGGAUGAUGGAUGUUGUUUUGCCUGAUCCACGCUUCAGGAAUCUCAAUUCCACUUCCAUCUCUAUCAAUGUUUACUAGGGUGAGGUCUUAUGUGAAUUAAGCCUCAGUGUCUAAGUUUUUUUUUUCUCAGAGAUACACGUAGGGAUUUAUUUCCUAUAGGUCUAUGUGGUUUCAUAGUAGUGUUCUUGUCCUCACUCGCUGCAUUUUUAGGAUCUGAAAUUGGCAUUCUGUGCUUGCUAAAUUGCAGCAAAUCCCAAAUACAUUGAACAAAGGGAUUGAUAGACUAAUAUGGUCUGUUGUUUGUCAAGUAUAUGUUACAGGUCAGAAUUUAAUUCAGGUUAAUUUUUUUUUUAACUUAGGUUGAUUCUCAGUUUCGUUUGUCCUCUGCCCUGAUUAUUCAUGAAUUAGGGCUCGGAGACAAAAGAAUUUGAGAAUCAACCUAGGUAAAAAAAUUUCAAUCUGAAUUUGAUUUUUACCUGGAACAAGGACAUGUACAGUGUAUAUGUUGUAAAUUUUCUCUUCCUCAUUGUCGGUAAUCAUUUCAGGCAUUUUGCAGACAAAAUGGGGACUUCUUAUUUACAAAAGAUCCUUAACCAGGUAAGAUGCAAGAUAAAAUAACUCCCCACUGCUUAGGUGCACAUGACUGGGUUACCAGACUUUGUUAAUAUGAUUGUAGAGUGGCUUACAUGUAUGUGAUCCGGGCUCAAUCUUUGAACUGAGCUUGUACAAGCAGCUCUUGCAUUUUGCUUGGCAAGGACCGUUGAAUGCAUGUCUUGGAGCGUUUAUCAUUUGUCAGAACUGGCUGGCCAGACCAGUCCAGUCAUUUAAAGAAUUCCACUGUUAUGACUAUCUAGCCUGCAGAUUAGUUUAAUAUCCUAAAAUUAGUGUCACAUGUAUGCACAGCAGUGAUGGUUUUAGUUAAAAUUUCGAGAAGAGACUAAUAUUUCAUCUUCAAAAUGACCAGUCCGGCCAGCCAGUUUUGGCUUCGAAAGCGCCCUAAUAGUUACAGAUCUAAUUUCAAGGUGACAUUCGUAGACCCUUAUUACCCAUUGGAAAAGUGAGCAACAUGUAAAAGUUGGAUGCCCAGCGGGAAAAUCUACAUUGUACUUGCCCCUUGCUACUGGAUGGGACCUUUUUUUGGGGCCUUGAUUGUAAGAAGCCCCUGGAUGCCUAAGGCAUCCAUCAUGAGCCACUAUUUUGUUGUGCAUUUUUCAGCAAUUGACUAAUCACAUCAGAGAAACAUUGCCAGCUCUCCGAAGCAGAUUAGAAGAGAACAUCAUGGCACUUGAGAAGGAGGUUAAAGGAUUUGAACACUACAACCCUGAUGACCCAUCCAUGAAGACCAAAGCCUUGAUGCAGUGAGUGGCAUGCAAGAGUUCUUAAUUAACAAAUGAAAUGACCUUAGAUAAUGCAAUUGGUUUGCCUUAUACUUAUCCACUGGAUAGAGAUUUAUCCGAUGGAUACCAUUGUCCAGCUUUUAAACAACUGGCACCAAAGUGUAUUUAGAUUUUCCUUCCAACCUGAUUGGCAAAUUGACAAUUAAUUUUUUCAACGGGCCAAUCAUGGUCUGACUUGAAUCUUGGCCCACAGGUGGGGGCCCAGAACAAGGAUUUUGGUGCUGUUUUGCAGAUGGACUUUAACAAGAGUUUAGUUUCGUCUUUGGUGCAGGCUCAAUUUUUUUCUUGUGUGGUAAAUUGGUCUUGUGGGAAAAAGGAAAAAAUUAAUGACAUGUGGAGCUGCUCACAAGUCUUUGACUAAAUUGUUUUGUACCAAAGCAGCCAUCAACUUGAAAAUUACUAUUCCUUGCACACUUCCUGAGUACAGAUGUACAGCUGUAUGUGAAUUUUCCCUGACCACGGUUAGAAACCAUCUUGGAUACGAGCAACUGACGAAUGAAUAUAGCAAGCACAAAUUUAAUAAUAUUUAUGUUUUCUUGAAAGAGUUAAGGUGCUACGUCCAGUUCCAAUGUUUUCCUAUUGUGUAGACUAAAACCUCCUAUUUUUCCUAUUUUUUAGCUGGUGAAGCCAAAAUUUGUAGCAAAAUUGAAAAUGGAAUUAUAUUAUAAAAGUGAUUUAAAUCCUGUGAACGUAGAAGCUGAGGACUCAUAGCCUUUAUUAGGCCCUGAUGGGGUGAAGGGAGGCUAUCUUCGUCGACAAAAGUACUAUUGAUUUUCCUAUUUUUAUCCUAUUUUUUAAUACAAAGUUUCCUAUUUUUGCUAGUUUCUCAAUCCUGAGUUUCCUAUUUUUCUAUUUUUUUUUGAGUAACCAUGCUGCUGGACACCCCUGUUACCCUCAUCUGAAACAACUCCCAUUACACCCCAUUCUAAUCCAUACAAUGUAUAUCAUUUUUCUUUUUGUACUUGGGGAAUUUUACGUUAAUUAUUUUAUUUUUUUUAUUUUUUUUUAUUUUUUUUUUUUUUUAUUUGCCACAAUAAUUAAAAAAAAAAAAAAAAAAGAAAAAAAGAAAAAAAAAAAAAAAGAAGUGGCGAGGAGACCUAACAGAAACUAUAGGAGCUUAUGAGAGGUUAGGCCUCCUCGAACUAUGAGCUAGAGCUGUUUCACAUCAAUUGAAGAGAAGAAGGCGAAAAGUCGAAGAUGGAAAGAUUUAUAAACUGUUUUCAUACUUACUCAAUAAUUUAAUCUUCAGUUUUUUUUAAAAAAAGGAGAGGGAUUGAGAGUUGAUGAUCUUGUUGUCAAGUGAAUUAAAAACUUAGGCCCUUGAAAAAGGGCGAGAACUUCUUCGUGUUUGUACGACAAUACGGUAGACGGUAGGCCUGGGAAUUUCUUAUAUUGUAAGAGUGGAAUUGAUUGCUUUGAGAGAAAUUGUUAUUAAACUUUGGAGGUAAGAAUGAAUUUUUGCAAGAAUACAUAAAUUGGCCCAGUUGAAGCAAAUGGAUAUCAUUAAAUUUUAGUAUACCGAGGUCCUUAAAGAUGGGGUCAGUAUGAGCAUUAAAAUGUGAUUUAUUAAUAAUUCUAAUAAUGCGCUUUUGCAGGAUAACAAGGCGGCGGAGAUUAGUUUUAUAGGUCGAAGCCCAAACGAUAUUGCAGUAGUAAAAAUAAGGAUAAAUUAAGGAAUAGUAGAGCAUACGUAAAGACGAUUUAGGAAGAAAGAAGCUGCAUCUAGAUAUUAUACCGAUUGACUUCGCAACUUUACUUGCAACGUGAGAUAUUUCCGACUUCCAAUUUAGGUUUUCAUCCAAAAUUACGCCUAGAAAAUUUGUCUCCUUUACUUUAACAAUAUUUUGAUUAUCUAUACUUAUUUGAAUAUUACAAAUUGAACGCUUUUGUCUUGGUUUGAAGACCAUAAAUUUAGUCUUUUUAAGAUUUAGAGAAAGCUUGUUUGCUUUAAACCAGAUUGACAGUUUGUCCAUCUCCAAGUUUAACAUAUCUGAGAGAUAGUUCAGAUCUUUAUGUGACAUGAAUACAUUGGUAUCGUCAGCGAACAAUAUCAGAUUUAAUAGAUUAUUAAUAUUAUUAUUAUUAUAGGAUGAUUCAACAGUUCAAUAAUGAUUUUGAGAAAGCUAUUGAGGGAUCUGGAGAUCAAAUUGAUACAAAGGAACUUUCAGGUGGAGCCAAGAUAAACAGAAUAUUUCACGAGCGAUUUCCAUACGAGUUAGUCAAGGUAAAAUGGCUGUUAGUAAAAUAUUUAUGUAAUGUAACUUAGAAGUCAAUAUAAGAAGUUCCAAAAGGAUUCUUAAAAGUAAAAUAGAUAAUAAUGUGAAGGGGAAGAUCCAGGUAUUUUUGAUUGGGGGCUCAAACUUUGGUUCAGAAAGGACUGUUGAACUUUUAUGUGGCAAAUUACUUCUCACAGAGACGGCCACGUGUUUUUAUCUAAUCUGUGAAUGCCUCCCCGUUGGCGUGGGAAAUACUGCUUUGCGAGCAGAGCCAAACAGAUAAUAGGAGGGUACCCAAAAACAAUUACAUUUUUGACAUCCCCGGAAUUUACUGUAGUGGCAAAAUGUAAGGCGCGUUUCAUUAAAAAAAUAAGCCAGUUAAAAAGUGAUAUACAAUCCGGUCGAUGUAAGAAUUUCAGUCUCAAACAACUGUCAGGUAUGAUAGGGAAUUCGCCCCCCCCCCCCCCCCCCCCCCCCCCUUGCCCUCCCCCUGUUGUUUUCGAACGGUAGCCGUUCAUAUACCGUUCAUAAAGCGUUCGAACGGAAUAGCUAUCCGUUCGAACAGCUCGAGCUUUCCUCAUUAAAAUAAGAAAAAUAUUGUAAUACAGUGUAUGUAUAGUGAAAUACCCUCGAAUCCUUUUUUACAAUAACUGAGCGAUUCCUCUUAGGCGGAUUGGUGGAGAGUUUUGGUCGAUGAGAAAUGACGUGAUGGUGGUGCAAUUUGUUUUUCUCUUUCUUUUCUAGAAACUCUAACAGAAAUAGAAGUAAAAAACGGGCAAUGUCUUUGUAAAAAACAAAUUGGCAACAAUUUUUCAUGGUCUAUGCUCUUAUCGACCAUAGAAAUGUCGUCAAAAUGUUCAAAACUCUUUGGCUCGUGGUUUCACUUGAAUUUUGAACAUUUUGACCUAAUUUCUUUGGCCGAUAAGAGUAUAAGAAGAAAAAAUGAAAGGUUUAUUGGUUUAUAACACGACGUUUCGGGGUCCUCAUCUGACUCAAAUGCAAGAGAUGAGAAGAAGCAAUUUACAUACUUUACAUAUUAUUUGUUCGAUUGUGAUAUUAUUCACUUGAUAAUGGAGUCAAAGGGUCCCGAAAUGUCGAGUUAUAAAUCUUUCAUUUUAACUUGUUAGUUGCUUGUUUUAACAAAACCCUGCUUAUAAAAUGAUAAGGCCAUGGAAAAAUUAUUCAGUUGUCGAUUUGUCUACGUGACACGCACAUCACUUCCUAUUUUUUGUACAAAGUGUGUACCGCUCGUGUCUGUUGCUCCCGGGCUGUUGCUUCAUGCUUGUGCCCCUAAACCAACCUGAAUACUCCAUAAUAAUACUGUACCCGUUGUGCAGUCUACUGCUAGUCUGUGAGAACUAACACGUAUACUGUUUCGUCAAAUGAAAUCUUAGGUUGAGUUUGAUGAAAAGCAGCUAAGAAAGGAGAUAAUGUUUGCUAUAAAGAAUAUUCGUGGUAUCAGGUUAGUAAGCUACUGUUUUUGGAAACAUAGUUGAUAAACACGACAAGAACGCUCCACUUUUUACUUUCGUAUUCCACUUUGGGUUGAUUAGCUAAUUUUAUUUCUUCCCGCCUUGUUCAAGUUCAUUUGUUUUUUGUUCUUCAGUAAUCUCAUUAGUUGAUUUUUAUCCCCCAAAUUGUCUCAAAAAUAAAAUGCGUUCACGUGAUCAAGACGAUCACUUCUUGUGCAAAGUGUUGUGCGUUAGCAAGCGUUUCUGAUCGAGUUAUAACAACAACAACAACAACAACAAAUUUUACUAAAAAUUGGAAAUAUAACGAAUUACAUUACUUUCCCACCCGCAAAUAGCUUAUAAACUAAUCGAUGCGGGGGGAGCUGAAGGCAUAUUACAAGUAUAAGGUUUAUAUAUAGAUGGACUAAAUGACAGUGAAGACACUGACUAUACAGUAAAUGGAAUAAACUAACAUAAAAGAAGGCAAGUUAUUGGAAGAAAGUUUCUCUCUUUUGCUCUCGUCUCAACUUUCUUGAGGAACGCACGCGGAAACGCUUACUAUGCAGGCUAAGUGGGAUGAUGUAAUGCCCUGGAUGAAAUUAUAGAGCAAUUUCACUAACGUGGCCAGAAUCUAUGCUAAUUUAUUGGAACAAAAGAAAUCUUUUACAUAAGAAAAGAGUUCAAUUCCCACAGGGUUGUCUUGGUACACCAACAUGGCCGCCGUUUCAUUGUUUUCGAACACCAGUAUAACCGACGUGACGUCAUGUGAAAACACUCUAUUGAGGUCCAUCGGGUGAAGCAAUGUUAGUCCUGGCAAAUAGCCCAUGUUUGAUAUAAUAAAAUUCCAACAUGACUCCGAGGAUUUCUGGUCAUUUUUCUAUAUUUGGUUUGGUUUUCUUUGUGCUCAAGUCUCUUUUGGGAAUUGCGAAACAAUGGAGUCGUGAAAAAUUUGCAAUUUUGGCCCUAAAGCCAGUUAGAAGUUUAGUAUAUCGGACAUGGGGUAUUGCAAUCGGGUGAAAAGAACUGGCCCCAGUUGUUCAAAAGGUGGAUAAAUCACUAUCCAGUGGAUAACGCAAUUUCUUUCCCUAGUACUUAUCCGAUAGAGAUUUAUCCGGUGGAUAACGCUAUCCUGCUUUUGAACAACCAGGGCCAGAUUUCAGAUUCUAUAUAUCCAAAAAUUGUGGUGAAGAAGUUGCUCCAGACGCUUAUCACGGAAACCAGGCUAAAUAGAAAACUCGGAUCACAGAUUUGCCAAUUUUUUAUUAAAUCCUGUUUUCUUUUUUGCUUUAGUAAAACUAGAGCUUUCGUUAUUUGAACUGCAUCCUUUCGACUCAUUUGAAUUCCUUUUUGAAACUUAACGAUAAUUUUGUCAUUGUUUCAUACGUUUUUUGUUCGUAUGUGAAUGCAGGGCUGGUCUGUUCACUCCUAACAUGGCAUUUGAAGCUAUUGUCAAGCGACAGAUUGAUAAACUCAGAGCUCCUGCUGUGAAGUGCGUGGACUUGGUCAUGUCUGAGUUGGUGAAUGUUAUCAAGAAAUGUUCUUCCAACGUGAGUAAAUUCCAUUUUAAUUUGUACUUUUGUUUUGGGGUACUGAGCAAAUAAAACACUGUAUAAUUAUAUCUACAGGGCUGUGCCAUCAACGGUUAACUAGUUCAUUUUGUUUUCAAUGCCAAGGUUAUUUUCUUCCAACCAAGAUGUAACAAAACAACUCAUAGAUUCGGUUUUUUUGAUAUCCGAAAUAAUCAAGGUCUCGGUAAUGGUUGUCAUCUUCGGCCUUCGGUUCGGCUGAUCACCCUAUAUAUCACAAAAACCUCGUCCAAUAAUGUUUUAGCAAUAGUUAUCAACACUCUUUUGGAAUUGCAGAUGGACAAAUACCCACUGCUUAGGGACCAAGUAAAGAAAAUCGUUGUGCAACAUGGAAGAAAAGGAGAGGCUAAAUCUAAAGACCAGGUACUGAUGUACAUGUAACCAAAUGUUGUAUACAUAAUCAGUUCUCUGUAGCUUUUAUUCUUCACUCCAUUAAUGAAUAUUUCUUCACAUGUUCAUAUUUUAGAAUUCUGUACUCUGUUCUACACUUAAAGGAUCCAUCGACAUCAAUGCGCGUAAAACUUGAUGAUCUAAACUCAAUCCACACACUUGUUCAGCUCAACAUCUCCGAACGACUACACAGUUCUAACAAAAAGCUCAGUUUUCAGAUCACGUGACGGGUUUUGCCGCCACAAUGACGCAAUAAUUUCUAACACACUCCCCGCCUUGAUUGACACGGGUCAAUCAACAACGAAACGAAUAAAAUAACAAAUUAAAGGAAAAGAGUUUGCUGUUCUUUGACUUAAUGUUAAUGUUCACUGACAUGUUUCUGUUCGGCAUUUCCCACGAAGGUAAUAGGGAAAUCAGUGUUUCUGUUCUGACGCUCUUCCCGCACUUGUGAUUCGACUUCCACAGGGUAAAGCCUAUUUAGGGGUCUUGUCAUUUCCACGACUCGAUCUCCACUACGCACUUUUACAACAGCUCCUCUGUGGUAACCAUCUCGUCCUGUAAUGAGAGAUUUGACGACUCCCAUACUCCAAAGUUGUCUCGGCGCUUUGUCCUUGUAGACGCAAACAACAUCUCCGGCCUUAAUCGUUGGCUUCCUGUUACUCGAAUUGCAGUUGUGAUGAACACGUAAUUCUGUUAAGUAUUCCUUCUGCCAACGUUUCCAAAAAUGUGAAAGUACAGCAUUCAAGUUCUUCUCACGUCUUGAAAGAUCUCGCACAGUGUGAUCUCCCCCACUUGGUUGUUUAGCCCUUCCGUUUGAACUCAACAAGCGACGACCAAUAACCAGUUGCAACGGUGUAAGAGGAUCUCGCACUUCAUCACUCACAUAAGUUAGAGGUCUUGAAUUCAGGAUUCCUUCGGUCUCGACAAUGAUUGUAAGCAGUUCUUCAUAAGUGACUCGAGCUGUUCCUAAACUCUUUUUCAGACAGCGCUUUGUUGAUUUAACGAGACGUUCAAAGAAUCCACCCCACCAGGGUGCUAAUGCCAAAUUAUAUUUCCAGGAUAUGCUAUACUCUGCUAACAACCUUUUGAGCUCUUCACUCUUGAAAGCGGAACCAUUGUCCGAUACAACAAGCCUUAGUACACCUCGUCGAGCAGUGAACCGUUUGAAGCUUCUCACAAACGCUUGAGUUGACAUGUUCGGAACAAGGUCUAGAUGAACCGCGCGACUAGAUGCACACGUAUAUAACACAAUGUAUGCCUUGUUCAUAACAAUACUCUUGUUGUACACAUCCUUGACAAAAAUGGGACCCGCAAAGUCUACUCCUAUACUUGAAAAUGCGAAGUCGUCAGACAAUCUGAAUUCAGGUAGUUGAGGGGUAGGAGGCACUCCAUAGGGGCGACCUGCAAGUUUCUUGCAUACUACACACUUGCUUAAUAUCUUCUUAACUGUCUGUCUCCCUUUAACGACCCAGUAUUUUGAACGCAGUUGAACCAGUGUCUCUGCUACUCCAUUGUGCAUGACUUGUUCAUGGCACUUGAGGAUCACCAAUCUCGUAAAGCAAUGUUCUCUAGGCAGAAGCACAGGAAAUUUGGUAUCAUAUGGUAACGACGACAGACCUAUUCUUCCUUGACAUCUGACUACACCUUCACUGUCCUGAUAAAGUCCCAGAGUCGACUUCAUUUGCUGGUACUUGUCACUGUUCAGGAUACCCUUUUGAACGUGUUUAAUCCACUUCUUCUCAGCUUGCUGGUAAACUUGCAAGGAUUCUUCUUGGUCAGUUGAUCCGUCCCUUCUUCUUUUCAAUUUUUUGACAAAUAGCCACACAAGUGAAGUAACUCUUAUGAGCUUCGUGAGGGAACUGUAGGAUUCAGGAUUGAUGAUACUCUCCAGAUUUGCUUCUUGUUUUUCCGUAAACGUGUUCAAUAAGCUGGAGACUGUAGGCUUGGCUGAUUUCAGUUCGCACAACUCUUCCUUGGCUUGUACAUUUACAGGCUGGACUGGCCAGUAGGCGCUUUCCUUAGACAGGAAUUCUAGACCAUGUAACCACAAACUACUUUCUUUGAGUGCAGUGGCCUUAAUUCCUCUUGAUGCAAUGUCAGCCGGGUUUUCUGACGUAGGACAGUACCUCCAUUGCUCAGGCGGUGCAUUUCGUCUGAUUUCGCUCACGCGAUUCUCCACAAAUUGCUUGUAUUCCUUAUCAGUGUUCCUAAUCCACCACAAGGAAAUCAUAGAAUCCGUCCAAUUGACUACGUCAUCAACUCUCACAACGUUUUCUAAAGCUUGACUCGCACUCUUCACCAAUCUUGACGCAGGAAGGUUAGACAACAGUUCUAGACGCGGUAUGGUUUGCUUAUCCUACGGAGCUACUCGGGUUUUUGACGCCACAAUGUCACAUUGUACUCUUGACUCAUAUUCUACUCUCAUGUAAACAACGGCUCCGUACGCCUUUUCCGACGCAUCUGCAAAACAAUGAAGUUGGAGCGAUUUAACUUCAUUCCCACCGAGACCUUCAGCAUAACACCUUUUAAAACUCACUCUUCCAGCUAGUCUUAGGUCUGACAAAGUUGACAACCACUCUUGGUUGAGUUCGGUAUCCACUAACUCGUCCCAGUCCCUUCGUGCCUUGCACAGUUUUUGAAACAUAAUCUUGAAGGGUAGAAUAACUGGAGAUAUUAACCCCAAGGGAUCAAAGAAUCUCGUAGCAGUACUGAGAAUCAGUCUCCUUGUAACUGGCUGAACGUCCACACCCUCCAAUAUCUUAGUCAAGUCAUAGAUCAGUUCAUCUUGGUUAGGGUUCCAAAGCAUUCCCAAGACCUUCUGCAACAUGCAUUGUUGAUGUUCCAACAUCUCUGGAUCUCUCCUGGGAAGUUUCAGAUCUACUAAGUGAUGCUAAUUCAGCUCCUGAACUACUAGGUUGGACAGGCUUCUUAGGGUUUUCACAGAUAGUCACAUGAUGUCUAGCUCCACAAUUAAAACAUUUGGCCCUUGACUGACAACCCGGUGCAAUAUGCCCUGCUUUCAAGCAAACAAAACACCUGCCACUUCGUCUCAGUAUAGUUCUUCUAGCCUUUGGUUCAGUAAUGGUACUACAGGUGAUGGACUUGUGAUUUUUCUUGCGAAAGACACAUUUCAGAGUACACUCUUCACUGCCCGUAUAAAGUGCAGAUGAGGAAAGGGGCUGUUUGAAUCUUCCCUUAUGCUGGUCAAAUCUAGGGUUAGAAUUGGUUGGACUACUUGUUUUCACUGCAUUACACCUUUCUCUUGCCUCCAACUCAGAUUUCUGUGCAUUUAACAGGACAUCAAGGUCCCAAGUUUCUUUACUGCCAAACUUGCGACUGAUGAUUAAUCUCAACUCAGAGGGAAUUUUCUCCAUUACAACUGGAACUAAUAAAUUUCCAAAGGACUCUGAUUCGAUGCCUAGUGCCUUCAAACUUCGAAUGUUUAUCUCAAUCUUGUCAUACAAAUCACGAGGUUUCUUCGUUUCAUGCACUGAACUGACUACUGGCAAUUUCAACAAAGCGUCCAUGUGGUUAGAAAUCAACAGCUGUGGUUUACCAAAUCUAUCUCUAAGCAUAUCAAUGGCAGUUUCGUAAUUAUCUUCAGUGAGAGGCAACCCAGUAAUUGCAGAUUCGGCUGCGCCUGUCACACAACUCUUCAAAUACACUUUUUUUGUUAGGUGAAUUUUUGGAUUCUUGAAAUGUCAGUGUUUCUGUUAACCGCAGAUUCGAAAGUGUCCCAGAAACUCCGCCAUUCCUCGUAGUUGCCUGAAAAUGACUUUAGUUCUAGUUUAGGUAGCUUCACUUUCGCGCCCUCAUUGCUUUUGACAUUGUUAUUAAUUUGACUGAAGCUUGGUGAAGUUCCCACGUGUGCGCUAUUUUUAGCAUCCUCUAAACUCAAGUCAAUUCUAGCCAAAAUACGGUAAACUUUUGCACAAAACUCACCACAAUCCUCGACUUCUUUCUCAAUGUCUCUCCCCUUACUGUUUUCCAGAAUUGUUUCGUCCAGCUUUUGGAUAGUUUCUAGUCUUUCAUUGAGGGUGAAUUUCAGUCCCAUAAGUUUUUCCCUUGAUGAAUCUUCCACGUGAUCGGCAGUUUGCUCGACUAAAAUCCUCGUCGCACCUUCCAUCGUUUUCUCCACAGAAGCUCUCUGGGCAUUUCUAAUUCUCUUUGCUUUUUCGUUGUCCAUUCUUUUCUUCUUGUACUGUAAUCCUGAUCUUGACGACUAAUUGAUUAAACUUGUUUCGCCGAUCCGGCGAUUGCGAAGGACCAUGUAACCAAAUGUUGUAUAUAUAAUCAGUUCUCUGUAGCUUUUAUUCUUCACUCCAUUAAAGCAUAUUUCUUCGCAUGUUCAUAUUUUAGAAUUCUGUACUCUGUUCUACACUUAAAGGAUCCAUCGACAUCAAUGCGCGUAAAACUUGAUGAUCUAAACUCAAUCCACACACUUGUUCAGCUCAACAUCUCCGAACGACUACACAGCUCUAACAAAAAGCUCAGUUUUCAGAUCACGUGACGGGUUUUCCCGCCACAAUGACGCAAUAAUUUCUAACAGUACAUAAUAUGCAGCCACUUGGUGUAUUUUUUAGACGCGUGAACGUGAGAUGCCCAGGUUGUGGUAGUUGGCAGCAUAUUCAAGAGUGAUGUGUGAUGAUAUGUUUCAAUUCAAUGCUCACAAUGAAAUGCCAUUUUUUUUUAAAUUUAGAUGUCGGGGGAGUUUCUUCGGUAAAUAUCUUUUGAGAAUGAAAGAUGUGAGAAAACAGUUUCUAAGCAGUUAUCGGCGAGAACCUUUUUCUAUCCCAACCGACCAUGAGGAAAAAUAAAAUUGCGUUUUUUGUUUUGCUGUCAAUUUUCAACAAUGCUUCUGGUAUUAUUUUGAAUGCUUUCACAAGAAGUCUUCCAUUCUUCUUUUCUUAGGUUAAAAGGUUUAUCGACAUGGAACUUGCUUAUAUUAACACGAAUCAUCCGGAUUUUAUCGGAUACGCAGAGUAAGUACAUUGUAAGAUUGUAAGGUGACAUUUCAGUCAGUCAGAUACUAUUUUUAGCCAAUCAUAACGGUUCACAAUCGGAGGAACAUUUCUGUCAGCAGUUCUUCAGUGUGUAAAAAUGGGGUAUUUAGCUUCAAAUGGUCAUAAACUUUGCUGAAAAUGGGCUAUUGUUUUCAGAAAUGACGGCACAAUAAUGAAUCAAAAAAUAGCGUCUGCAACAUUAAGAAACUUCUUAUAAAUCAUUUCAGAACAGUAUUCUCAAGUAUUUGAGGACAGUUUCAAACUAUAAGCCCCCGGAGAGGCUAUUUAUUAUAGGGAGAUUUUUUGCAUCUCGAAUUUAUGGGGUUUGUAAUCCGGGGGAUUGUGAAAACGGAAGGGCAAGUAUGCGGAAUUUUGUAGUUAAGCUGGUAUCAAGCGCCGAAGAAUAUGUGCGAUCAAUACACAAUUGGGGCUGGAUGUACUGCUGAUUGGUUUAAAAAGUGGAGCGACAGUUUUCAGCCAAUUAAAAAGUAAAGAAAAGGGAACCAAACCAACUUUGAACUGUUUCUAAUUUUGUUACAAAGCCGUGUACAAAUGUGACAGUAUUAAUAGAAUAGUCGUGACUUUUUCAUGUAUGUUAAGCAGGGGCUGCUUCUGAUAUUUGUAAUAAUGUAUGUUUUUUUAACUGUUUACCAGUAAAACAGCUGUUUUUUUUUUUCUGACGCUACCUUAGGGCAUCAAAUGGCUCCUCUCCGGGCGAAAGAAAAACAAAGACAACUGUAUCCAACCAGGUUUGUGCUUAAAGAAACCAUUCUUUGUACAGCAGACUUUCUCACUUCUACGUCCUAUCACACUCACAGCGCUCAAUGCAAAGGUGCAUGCUAAGCUGUUAGCAGAGCCAAAAUUAUUGAUAAAACCAUCCAGCCCUAAACUUCGCAAGUGGCAUGUAAAUGGUAUGACCAUAUAAAACUCCCAGGGAGGCGACGUGCACAAGAUUUUUCCUAAAAGCCACCAAAUGUGUUAGUUUUCUUUCAUUCAAUAAUCGUUUCUUAGUGAACGAGGAUACUAGGGCGUGUGCUGUUUCCCUUAUUGUUCAUUUCAACAGUGUGAUAAGUUGGUUAAAUAACAAUUAUUCUCCGAAGUGGAGGUGGCUAGUUGUGGAUGUAUACCGAGGUAAAUAUCCAUCACUCGUUACCGACACUGGGGUGAAUAAUUGCUUUAGUAUAUACUAAAACAGUGAAAUAAUUGAGCAAAAAUGAUGAUUUUCAACUCAAAUACUGUUGCCAACGAUUACAAUUUUGGCGCGUAAUAAUGACCGAACGGCCGCGGCCGUCGCUUUUACUUGCCGACAAAUAAAACUUUUGAAAGCAUUUGUUUAGCUCUUGCGGGAAAAUUUCUUCAAAAGGACUUGUGAAUUGUUUUUGUAUUCAAAAUCAUUCUGUAAAAAAAUAUUAUUGAAUUUAGUUUUAAGCUUAUUUAUGAACAAGUCAACUAAAUAAAGUAACGCAAGACUUAAGCCUAAUUUGCAUUUGUAAAGAAAAAAAAUUUUCACCGGUUUUAUCGAUAAAUUCGAGUCAAAAAGACAAAGCUUUACCUGUUAAAACUUUCAAACCGAACUUAGUCACCUUCUACGUGUAUUUCGGGAACAGCUUGCUUGAUUAAUUGUGAAAUUUCUUUGUUACGGCGGCAAAGCGGGAAGGCAUUUUGCUAGCAACUUACGCGAGUUUGGCGUCGCUCGCUCGGAGGAACUGGAAGUGAAUAGUGCAGGAUAUUCACUGAUUUAGUAGCCAAUGAGAGCACACGAAAAACAUUAUCCACUGUCUUAGUAUAUACUAAAGGUGAUUAACACUGGAAGCUCUCGAGAGCGGAGACCCUCGGGACAUGGAGUACUGGAGCAUGCCGCUUACGGGAAUUUGAAAAUACAGAGUUUGAAUGGGGGAAAAAACGGGGUUUUGUGAAGGUGGCCGUAAGUAAAGCUGCUGUUCGCUUACGAGUGUCCUCUAGGAAAGCUUCCGCUGUAUUUCUGUUGUUUCCCUUUUCUUCUGGUACAUGGUUACUGGAGCUGGCCGCUUACGGGAAUGUGAAAAUAAAGAGCUUAUAUAGUAAUAUGAGUCGAUAAAAAACGGGGUUUUGUGAAGGUGGCCGUAAGUAGAGCUGUUGUUCGCUUACGAGUGUCCUCUUGGAAAGCUUCCACAGUAGUUCUGUUGUUUUUUUCCUCUUCUUCUUCUUCUUCUUCCUCUUCAUUUUUUUUUGCCUUUUAGGUGAUCAGGAAAGGCUGGCUCACGAUAAGCAAUGUUGGAUUUAUGAAGGGUAUCAGCAAAGAAUACUGGUUUAUACUAACAGGUUAGUAUCCUAUUUCACAACACUCAAUUACUCACGCUCAUUGUUAUUAAGAUAUGGGAAAAUUGAUCGAGCGCCCUCGAGGAGGUGGAAACUGUAAUCGAUUCCCGAUCCAAACACGAAUUUUUAGCAAAAAAGGGUUGGGGAGGGUGGGCCGUUCCACCUUCCUCCUUGGCGCUGAUCAGAGACUGAGCAGAGAGGGAGUGUUCAACGGCAUUUAUUAUUGCCCCUUGGGAAGCAUGGCCCCGUGCACCUGCAUACCCUUGUGCAUGAGACUUGUCAUUUUAACGUUUUGGCUUCGCGCUUCGAUUUGGAGUAUUGUGAAUAGUUGGAGAGACUUAAGGCUCGAUUAGGUCAUUUAAGCAAAGCCUAUGUUAGAGCGCGGUUCAAGAUACGUAGUAGGCCUCCAAAUAUGUUUUAAAAGUUUUUUUUUUGUAAAUAAUAAAUGUAUUCUUGCUGGAAUGUAAGACUUCUUGAGACUGCCUUCUUUAAAUGGCUCAGAACGCGGUUUUGUUAAACACCGUUAAAUCUAGAUGAUCUAACAUUGUACGUAUAUAUUGGCUGGCUUUAAGUCUUUGGCAUUGACAAAAUAUUGUUUUAUUGCAUGGUUACUGAUUCUCUCUGUGAUUGGCCAGAAAUUUCCCUCUGCACUGCUUUUGCCAAAAACAAUUGGAAAAGCCCUAACCGUGGCUACAAGUUGUUUCUUCGAUACCUAAUUCGUUCAUUUUUGUAGCCAGGACUUGUGCUGGUUUUACGGCACUUGAUUGAAAGGCGUGUGCUUAGAGUAUGGAUAUUUAAGGCGUUUCAGUUUUUUUCUGGGAGCCUUUGUACCGAUUUCAUUCGACGUUUUGUCAAGUCACCUAGACAUUUAAGCCUGGUGACAAGUUGUUUGCAUUGGUGUUUAUAAAGUUACUUCUACUGCCUCGAUCAAAUCAAGAUUUCGCGUUGAGAAUCGAUGUAGGCAUGUACCGUAUUUACUCGAUUAGCGCCCAACCUCGAAUAAGCGCCCACCUCGAAGCACCCACCCUGUAGGUAGGAAAGGUUACAGAGCGUCAGUAAUCACCAUAACAUUGUUCACACAUCAAUACUUAAAUUGUAUUCUGGGGUUCAGAGUUGGUGCAGGUGGGGUUAAGAAGACCUCCAUUUUUAUCCUCACUCUUAACUUUGACCAAACUUUAUGUCCUGGCGUUAGUAUGAUGUCCAUUUCAUUUUCAUCUUAUUUUGUUUUUUAUUUUUAGCCGAAACACUUUGCUGGUACAAGGACGAUGAGGUGGGUUUCAAACUCAAGAUACUUGAGUUCAUGUUACAGGGCACGUUUCAGGGACGAAGUGAAAAGACAAAUCUUUUUUGUGUAGUUAUACUUCUGAAUUUGGGAAACGCAAACUAUUUUUGCGGGAAAUAUACCCCCUUAACAUGUGGCAGUUCAAAUAACUGUCGGUUAAGUAAAAUGUUGAGAGGCCAUUUUUACGGUUGUACAGUGCUUCUCUGUAACGGUAUCAAGAGUAAAUUGGCCAGUCAGAGACAGAAUUCUGUCUCCCCGCUACACGUGCCUGUGAAAUGUCUGGUGUGCGUGUACUUACUGUUACAAUUGGCUUCGGCGUGUCCCGCAGCAUGACCUAGCGUGUUUAUGGAGUGUAUUCACAUAACGUCGCUUGCGGCCAUUAUUGGUGUUCGAAAACAAUGAGAUGACGGCCAUGUUGGUCUACCAAGAAAAUCCUGUGAGAGUUGAACUCUUUUCUUAUGUAAAUACUUUCUUUUGUUCCUGUGAAUUUGUAUAGAGGCUGGCCAGCUGAGUGAAUACGCUCUAUUUUUCUAGAAUUCGCUACUUUAGAUGCGACCACGGGACUGCGGUGCCGAAAUGUGUCUCGCAAUUAUUUCUGAGAUUCUUACUUGGGAACGCGCGGGUCAGCUAUUGGUCAAUUUUUUUCCCUGUCUUCAUUUUCAGCCCCAGAAGUCUUUGCGAAAGUUAACUCGACCCAGCUUCCUUCUCGUUUCGUAUUGCGUUUUAAGACGUGUAACAGGUCCGGGGAGAAUAUAGGAACUACCAGGGAACGCUCUAAUUGGUUUAGCCAAACGAAAUAAACACGCAGGGCCUUUUCGGUCGGUCUAGCGGACGCGCGAGGGAGAGCAAACUUCCUUUUGAGAGCCAUCCAUUUUCAGCAUUCCCCACUAGACAAUUGUACAAACAUUAGAACGUCGUUUUAGCGGGCGAGUGUUUAUUACCGGCAGUCGUUUUGGUCCCAAAGAUACCAAACCUCACCAUCAGUAUAACGAGUUCAAUUCACGGACAGUUCUCUUGGUCCCAGAGAUAACAAACAUCUUACACUCCCUACCUCUAUAAUACAUUCACCUUUCUAUUACGGAGAGUUGUUUUGGUCCCAGAGAUACCAAACCUCAUACAAUUCCUAUCUAUAACAUGGAUAUCAGUUUAAACGCAUCAACAAAGAUAAGAUAAGCGUGGGGGAAGAGCCUGAAAAGUUGGUAGAGCAAGAACCGAAGCCAAGAGCAACGCGUAACCAUGACAACCCUGUGAGUGGCAACCACCCGGGCACCGUCACAUUUCUAACCAGUGCAUCCUGGAAUACUUACCAUAUACUUACCAAAGGGAGGGCAGGGAAGGGAGCAAACAGGCUAACAAGCUUGAGUACAGAGAAGCAUCGUGAAGAUAAUGGACUGACCUCAGCCAACAAGCUGUAAAACCCAAAGGCCCCUGCGAAGCCAUAGGGCGCCCCUGAAAUUCACGAGAGAGAGACUGAUGGCCAGCAUUGUCUCGAGUUGGUCUAACUAUUUUCAUUUAGCCACAUAUAAAACGGACCCUUUGGUACCAAUAUUAAAGGCUGACUCCAUUUGCAGCGGAAAGAGUGACAGCUAAACUAUGAAACAACAAGAAUCGCCGAAAGGCGAUUUUUAACUGGGCUGUAAAGGGGCUAUUUUUUCUGAGGGGAGGGGGCGGCUAUACACACUCAGGCUACCAUAAAACCUUGUCGGCAACCAUUGCAUGCAACAGAAUCUCAUGUGAGACUGAAACAUAAACUCAUUCAGAACAUUGUACCCUUUUGAAAGACUUUCGUAACCAAAAAAAAAAGAGUACCAUUUUUAAGUGCGGGCUGUAUAAUAACUUUUAAAUUCCACCAUUAUGACUAAAAAUAAACAAGUUGGCCAUUAAUUCUAAACAGGAAACAAUUUGCAUUAUUUCCACGCACCCCUCCCCCAAUCCCUCUGUGCCCCAAAAUAUAGCGUGACAGUAUAACGUGACUAAUCUGACGUAACCGGAAAUUCCAAAAGUUGUUGUCCUUCUACGAGCAUAAAAUGCGACAGACUGAGCUGAUUUACACUAGACAGAAAUAUUGUAUUGUAUGAAAACCAGAAGUAUACUAAAACAGACAGUUAACUGCCCAUUGAUCCCACCUGAUCCAGGGGCCUCACUGACUGCACGGAGACUUUACUGCGCUUUUCACAAACAUGCGAACUCUAAAGUUCAAAAGCCACCUUCACAAUUGUGUUUAUCGCUGCCGUCAAUCAUAAUUACGAUCACAAGCAACGAACCUUGAAACAGAGAAACACACAAAACGGAUCGAAAUCCACAAAUCACAAACCAUGACCUUUUGAACCCGUGAAGUAAAGUUUUGUUUCCUAAGAGGUCCGUUAAGAUGAUUGACACCAGCGAAAAAUGCAAUCGUCGGUUGGGUUCUGAACUCCAGAAUUCGCAUGUUUGUGAAAAGUGCGAUCCUAAUUUGCGGUCCACAGUCUACAUGAAAACGCACUAUUUUUUCCACAAGAUGAAAAGUAUUCAGAUUUAAGAUUUUCCUCACGGUAUUUUUCUUUAACUUAAAGGAAUAAAAUCCUUUGCAUUUUGAGACCUAAAAAAGUUUAAAGAUUUCUCGCUCGCAUGUUGUGUUCACCAGCACGCACUUCAAACAAUGUAAAUAGAUGAAACGAUCGAUAACAUAUUUUUUACCUGAUACCGAUGUGAGUUAAAAAUUCGCUCCAGUUCUGUUUGUUUCACCCAAGACUAACUUUUCUUCAUGGAAACUAUGCCGCUUUAUAACUCGUCCGAGGUUUUUGUGCCAGCUAAACAAUAUGGAAACACUAUUCACAGUGACUCCUUGACUGAACAUGACGCACUAUUAUGCCUUUAUUUACUUCUGAUCACAUCUUCAAGCGAAGUCUCUCUUUUCAAGCGAUUCAUCUCAAUGUACAAUAAUUGACCCUUAUAUUAGUUAAAAUAAUAUAGUUCAUUUAUAUUAAUGCUGUUUUUGCCCCUCACAUUGACUGUGUUCGUUCGUAUUCAAAACACCUUUACGCAAAUAAAGGUCGUAUGAGUCAUGUGUGUUAUGUUUCGAGAUAAAUGGAUUAUACGCUUUUUUAAGUUUCCAUUUUGCGGUGACUUCAGUUUACAUCUCCAUAAAAUGGUAAAAGAAAUAUCAAGAAACAUCACGAGAGCUGAAAAUUUUGAAAGGCAUGUUUCUGAAACUCGCUAAUGCUGACAUCAAUAUAGCGUGCUUGCUGAAUGGGCGAAAACACAGAAUUGUGAUCACAAGAUCUUGUACAAAUUUAAUGACAAAAGCUUAGCAAGAUACAGAUACAAACAAAAGAAAACCCCCUGAAACCUCGACGUGGGCUACACUUGUAUGCUCUACUCAGUCACCAAACCUUGUCAGCAAUAGCUCCUAUUUUCCUCAAGUCGCUCUCUGUGAAGCUCCCGGAUGGGAUGUCCCGGAGAAGCUUUUAACUUGUGUGCGAAAUUCUCAGAGUUCCUAUUUUUGUCCGUGUCUUCUUUAUCCUCAGUAUCCGAGAUUAGAUCUCCAAAGUGGCGUGUGUUGCAUUCAAUAGAAGGAAAUAUUUAAAGGAAAAGCCAGUCUUCUAACAUGGCAAAGUUCAAAGUUGUCACGUCCCUCGCUUAUGGACGUGCCUCACAUCAGGAUUCAUCUGCCAUUCAUCGGCAACUGAGUUGUUCGCUUCACUGACUAUGACGGCUUACAAUCAAGUCUUUAGCCAUAGUGUCGUCAACUGGUGAAAUACUUUGCUCGUAAAUUGUGGUUCUUAAUUGCUCAUGUACUACAUCGAUCGAUAGUUCACGAAGCAGCUACGGCGUUCCAAAACUGACGCUCACAGUCAUCUUUUCAGUCUUUUAGUGUGAACCUACCGUGAACGGCUUGUCGGUUUGAAUGCAACGCGAGCAUUUCUCUGAGUUUCCCAGCGCCAACAUUAUCUAACUGACUUAAACUCGAACAAUAAAAAAAUUAUAGAGUUAAUGCCAUGGUCGAAUAGCUUCGAACAACGCAAAUAGCUUUCUUCAGGUUCGCAACGCCUUGUGGGUUUUUCAGGGGGAGCGCAGACAAGGUACAAAAAGUAUCCGUGCAAGGGUUCAUGCAAGAGAAAACCCUAUGAAACCAUUUGUGAGAACAUCGUUUCUGCGUACUAGACCCUCGUGUUUUCCCUCCCCCGGAUGACCACUUUGUGACACCGACGACCGAAAACCCAUUUUAUGACUGGGCGCACAGGCAGCCCAGUAAAUAGCGUAUAGCCAGGUUCUGGGAAAACCCUUUUAUGUUUUAUAUUGUCUUCGAACCAGGAAAAAGAACAAAAAUAUCAGUUAGGAUUGGAUGGCGUACGAUUGCGUGAUGCCGAAGCCGGAUUCAUUUCGCGCAAGCCUGGUUUUGCUAUCUUCAAUCCGGAUCACAAGUGAGUCUUAAGUUCGACGAAUGCUUGUUUAUUGAACAAAGAGUACCUAGAACCUGUAGAACUACUGUCACAGCUGUCUGUCGUAAUUGUUCAUUUUCUGAUACGUGACUUAAAUGGCCCCUCUGACUGAUUUAACUCAGCAUUAUUUUCAUGUGAUGAACACGAUGAAACUGCACAGAUAAGUCAAGAAGUGCAGUGUGGAAUUUUUCUCUGAUAUAUUUACUUCAUUUAUGACUCGAAGUUGUGUGUUAUGCUUUCUGGUAGUCGUUAUUGACGGUGCAUAAUCUGGGAUUGAGAUUGCACAAGCCAAAUAAACAAUUCCUGUUGAAUUUUUCGAUCCGCCCCUCCAGAAUAUCUCAGAGUAGACCCAUCUAAGGUGUCAAAAAAGUGUAGAAAUCAUUUCAAACAAUAGUUUACACUAGCAUGAUUAUCACUGCCAAAUUAAGCGGAAAAACAACUAAUUGCCUCAAAAUUUUGUAGGAAUCGAACUGGAAAAAAAAUGUAUUUAGUGUAUUUUACGAUUAACUUGGCCUGUCCCUUUGCCUUAGAAACCUGUUUAAAGAUUACAAAAGUCUGGAGCUGACUGGAGAAAACCAAGACGUCGUGGAUAGUUGGAAAGCUUCUUUCUUACGCGUGGGGGUCUACCCAGAAAGGGUAUUUUCAGAUGAUAAAAGUCUGGUGAGUUCCAUUCGUCUUAUUAUUGAUAACGUUUGAGGGAGGUAAAAACAAACACGUGAUGAAAUAUGAUGUGGUAAUGUGAGCAAUUUUAGCUAAUUUUAACAUUGGCCGAUGCGGGAAAUACCAUAAUAUUCUUUGUACUGUUGUUUGGGUAGUGCGUCAUGUAAACCUGACUUUUGCUUUUUCUUUUGUUCUUUUCGAAGAGAAUAACGUCAAACAUACCGUCGAAUGGAACAUAGUCAGUUUAACAUUGCUCUUGGAAAUCACGCAUUGCUCGCGCAACCUACGGAUCAGUCAGUUGUUUGUUUGCAGAUAAACUAACUAAUCUGUUGGUUUGCGCUGAUUUCCAAAAUUAGUUGUAAGCUUUUAGCCAAAGAGAAGACAGUGAGUACCAACGUAUAAUGAUCCACGUGAUCUAGAAUAUAGCGAGGCACAAAAUAGAUCUUUUUUCACGGUUGAGAAAAAGCCCCUGAAAGAGCUGUGCAGGACAGCUGAAAUGGUGACACAGAAGAGAGUUCGAUGAGAGACCAUUACUGCUCCUUUCGGACGCAAUUACCUUAAAACCCUUAAUGCAUUUCGCGUUUUUCUUCCUUAUCAUUGUCACAUUAACUUUUUCAAUUUUUUUGUUCUCAGCAAGUUGAGAUAGGUACCCUGGACCCUCAGCUGGAACGACAAGCGGAAACUAUACGAACCCUGGCCGAUUCUUACAUCAGGAUUGUCAGCAAGACAGUACGGGAUCUAGUGCCUAAGACUGUAAUGUUCUUUGUCGUUAACAAUGUAAGCUACCUUCCUUACUAUACUUGAAUACGAUGAUGUCAUACAUUAUUUCGGUAAGGGAUGCUAUCGUAUUUCCAUCGUUUUAGCGUUUCCGCGUGGACGGACGAAAGCGAUUUGAAUACGCUACUUGUGGACGCGUAUGUUGUCGAAAACGGAAAACAAUUCUCCGUUUUCAAAAAUAUCUGCUGGAUACAGUGGACGAGGCCUAACGUCUGACCUGCCCCCUUCAGUGCUAGUUUCAAAUUUACUAUUAGGUUUCUUGAAACUAACAGUGAAGAAGGCAGACGUCUCUGCCGAAAAAUCCAUGCUUAAUUAAGAUCUGUUGUUUGUAACUUGUCAACCUGCUGCUGCGUACACCUUUUACUUUAUUUACAAGGCAAGUCACACAGUUUACAAAAGGCUGACUUGCUAACUAAAUGGUGGGUGGGUGAACGAGUAUGGGGAUAGAUAAUUGACAAUUAAUGAAUGAGGCUGAGUAUCUUAUGAAGAAUUAUGGAGAUCGAAUUCAAUAGUUGUUUUAUUAUUCAUUCAAAAUAAUUCCUAGUUUAAAAAUAAAGCUAAAACAUGCUUACCUCCAUCGAUGUUAACUUUACCUUCGAUAGUGCACGUUUAGGGUUGUUCAGCUCCGCAAAUAUUCUCCAAAUAGCAGAUGCCGCCCUUCGAGUUGUGUUCUUGCUGUUCUUGCCAUGUUUUUAGCUAUAAUUUCGGCUAGUUCUUACUCUUAAAACGAGUGAAAUGUCCGCCAUUUUUUGUUUCCACAACUAAAACAACUCAACCUCGUCCCCAGGUAUUCUCGGUUAACGGUGCAUUAACCUGCAAGAACGCUACAUUUUUGACGUCAUUUCCUCGUUAAACACAAAGUUCUUCCAAAUUUGGUCAUCAGGAACUGGUUAUGGUGAAUUAUGCGUGUGCUUUUAGCCAGUCACAAUCGGGGAAAUAUUUUGAAUGAAUAAUAUAUUACAGAUACUGAACUGUUCCCCUCAGGGGUGACAACCUUAAGUGAAUGUCUUCUUUGCUCUGUCUUUAAUUACAUUACAGGUAAAAGAUUUUAUAGGCCAAGAGUUGCUAGCAUAUUUAUAUUUGACCGGAAAAGAGGUGAGAGAAAGUUAUUGUGAACAGCUUUGAUAAACGUUUGUAAUACGUUUGGUAGAUAAGUACUUUUUCCCUGGAAUUGUGUUAAGGUAUUUAAUGUACUCACUCGUCAGACACAACUGAAUAACGUAGAAUUCAGUGGUGUGGUGAAAGUGCGCCAUCAAAUAUCCGAUAUGUUCACCCUAUACCGAAGAGCUUUUAGUGCCGUCACGAAAAGCUCUUCGGAUCGGUAUAGUAUGAACACCUAUCCGAUAAGUGGCUCUCCACUUUAGAGAUCGGCGCGGGGCAGCUACGCUCCGUUACAGAAAUGGCGCUGAUAUCACCGUUAAUGUGUGUGAACAGAAGCGUUAUCCGGUAUGUUUUUUGUGCGGGCGCAAAGGCUCUCCGGUACAGUGUGAACAGAGCCUAAGCCUAAGCCUGAUCAAAAUUUCACUGAAAUUUACCCCGAUAACUCGAAUUCUCCGCUAACUCGAAAUGUUAACUUUUUCGUUUCCCUUCAGAGUUCAAGUUAUCGGGCUUCUACUGUAUAUCUAUAGUAAUUUAAUCUCACCUGUGUUUCCUCGUCUUGAGUUUUAGAUUCUAGGAAUGUUACGAAACCACGAGGAAGACGGUAGUGAAGGCGUCUGCUUGAGAGUGAAUUCACAUUGAUCUUCAUCUCCAUUAUUUCAAUUCCGUGUUGAAUUCUGCUGCGAAAUCUGAGUUCAAAAAUAGAGAGGAAAUUCGUCUUCUUGUGUUCACAUUUCCAUUGACAGUACAUCUCAUUAAGAAAUUUCACGCCGUAUUUGAGCUUAUUUGUGCACGGGACGGAAAAGAAAUGUACCCAAAAGUGUGGUGCACGUGCAGAGUAAUGGUUUUGCACAAGUUGAUGUUUUUUAAGGACGGCCGCGGAAACACAGCGACAAAAGUUGUCUUUAAUCUACUUCCUAAGAAUUCAACUUAUGGAGAAUUCGCUUACAUUUGAUAACCUUAGGCAGGUAAACUAAUGACAAUGAAAUUUGAAAGAACGUGAAUACAUAUUACAAAACCAUUUUGGCCCCCGUCUCUGCCUUGGGCCAAGGCCAAACGUCGAACUUUUCAUGAGAUGAACCAAACUUAGUCAGUAAAAUUCAUGAAAAGUUCGACGUCUCAGGUAAGUUCGUCUGAAAAAACUUUAUGAAAAUUGCUUAUUGGUCUUAUUCAGUUUGAUUGGUUAGAUGCGAAGUUCGACGUCUGACCCAAAAAGCGAUCUUAACUUAAUUUAGGUCGACACAAAUUAGAGUUUGGUUCGUCUAAUGAAAAGUUCGACGUUUGGCCCAGGCCUUAGUUCCUUGAACACCCGAUCGGCGUACGUAUGUUCCCUGCGUUAAUAGAGCGCUUUAGAUUUGAGGACGAGAACGAGUACGAGACAGUACGAGAUUUAACUAAAAGUUUUUUCGCGUUUUUUUUUUAAAAGACAGCCCGAAAGCUUCAUUUUAAUUUUAAUUUUUCACCAAAAACGUUAGUACGGUUAUUUAUACUGAAGGAGGUUAAGCCCUCUCUUGAUAGAAAAAUGAUAAAACUUCUUAUCUUUGAUAACCUGUUCCCGCCACCCUGAGACUCUCGCCAAAACUCGUAGUUAAGUGACGACGGCUAUCGCGUUUUCCCGCCACGCAUCAGCAACACUCAGUAUUGAGAAAAUCUCGUACUAGUAGUCGUCCUCGUCUCAGAAUCUAAAGUUCUCUAAUUAUGACUGUUCAUGGCUCAGAAUGACCUGAUGCAAGAAAGCGAGGCCGAAAUAAGUCGCCGAGAGGAGAUGUUGCGCAUGUUUCACAGCUUAAAAGAGGCUCUACGGAUAAUCGGCGAGAUAGACGUCACCACCAUUACCACAGCACUGCCGCCGCCUGUGGAUACGGGAGACCUGGACUCAAUUGACUCAUACAAACCUCCAAGGUUUGACAAAUAGUUUUCUCUUGAAGUAGAAUUUUUACUCAAAUCCUUGUGUUACUGCGAAAAUGUGACGACCGCACACUUGAUUAAAAAAACUGCCUUACAAGUUUGUUAUGUCACAGAAAAUCCAUUUUUCAACCAAAUAUCGUUAUUUUACACUCCCUGCACCCAUCCUUUCCCCUCCCAGGUUCGCCCAGGUUGAAUUUGAUCGUACGCUGAUUUCCAAAAGAGGUGGAAAAAAAUUGUUUUUUUUUUUUAAAUGUGUGUAUAUGUUCGCUUUUAGUUGUUGUUGUUGAGCGUUUUGUUUCUCCGACUUAAAAUGGUUUAUAGGCAAUAUCUGGCAAUAUGUAUCUGAGUCUCAUUUGAUUCGUACCAUGUACUAAAGUCUACUUUUGUAGUACUCCAUAGAUUGCAAGUCUGUGACUUGCUUUUAUAGUGAUUGUAAGAACUUUUCCAGUGCACUUGUAAUUGUUUUUCUUUCUUACGGGGAAGCAGACAGCCGCCUCCACCUCGACCGUCCUCGGGUGCAAAUCUCACACCAUCCUCACGCACGUCUCGUCCCGUCCCUAGCGUGCCAUCAAGACCAGACAGUUCUCCAACUGUACCAAGGUGAGCAGUGCAUAUUUUACCACGCUCAAAUGACUGAAAAAUCAUCUUUCUCUUGUAUUCACGAGGUUCAAAAUUCACCAUCACCUCUCUAUCAUUGCGCGAAAGCAAAUAUCGACAUUCUUGUCCUAGCACAAGGUUCGUACAGGUCAUGGAAAACAUGGAAAGUCAUGGAAUUUAAGAAUUUCAUUUUCCAGGCCUGGAAAGUCAUGGAAUUUAAUUGUCGGUCCUGGAAAGUAAUGGAAAAUUAAAGAUUUGUUCAAUAGAUAAUUUACUGCAAAUGACAAAGCAAAGACAACGUUGAUCAAAGACGAGAAAUCAAACAGCGCGAACCGCACACAUUUUGGUGGACACUAGAGUUUGUGUCUGUUGAACUAAAACAAGGAGAGUCUAUAAGGUCUAGAAAAUCUGAAAAAGUCAUGGAAUUUGAAGAGCUCAAAAGAGUAUGCAGGAUGUUGUCACAGGAACCUUCUUUAGAGGCCUUAGCUGCCACGAGUCUCCUGUAUCUUAGGGGUAGAGCAUCUGGACUAGUAACCAGAAGAUAUAGGUUCCGAGCCAUUGACUAAAUAACAUCUUUCCAAAUUCAGGGUUCUCACAGUCUUGAAAAGUCCUUGAAUUUUAGGGAAAGUCCUUGAAACGUCUUUAAAUUUCUGUGCUCGUCCUUGAAAAUUCCUUGAAUUUUCUUCAACUUAGAAUGUGGUGGCCUGGAAAGUGUUUUUUAACGCUUUUUGGUUUUCCAUGACAAUAUGUACCAUGCUCAGAGACGUUUAAAGUGAUUUACGUAAAGCAUUUUUUGUUUUAUGCAAGAAUUAACUAUUAAAUUAAGACAAGUGAACUAAAAAAUGUAGACAAGUUGGUGGAGGACACACUUCAAGCCUUUACAAUCCUGUUGGAAUGGAAUGAGAAUGUGCAUUUUUUUACAAUGUACGAAAUUACAUUCCUGAAAGGUGGUCCUUGAAAAUCGAAUGUGGUCUUGGAAAAGUCCUUAAAAAAUGGUUGCAAUUAUUUGUAUGAACCCUGUUCCAUGUAUUCUCCUUGGCUUAAAAUUCUCAAUCACUUUUCUAUUAUUACGCAUAACCACAUAUGGACAUUCAAAUCCUAGAAGUAUGCAGGAUGUUUGUCACAUGGCCUGAACUCCCAUGAACUCUCCUAUAGCUCAGUGGUAAAGUAUCUGGGUCAGUAACCAGAAGGUCAUAGGUUUGAAACCAAUUAGGAGUACUCGGAUUUUAUUCUAUCGAGCUACUUGUGUCGUUGAUGAAGAAAACAAAUCGUCUUUCUUAAAGCAAAAUACUUCAAAGCUAAGGUCGAAUGAAUGAAACUAAAAUUAUAAGGUACUGCGAACUUUAACAGCAUUCUGGAGGAAAGUAAGUUGCAUCUUUUUGGACUCCGAUGCCUUUUAAAUGUCCAUAGGAGUGGAUACUUGAAAAUGCUAUACCUUCUUCCACACAUAGCAGUAACUUGUGGACGAGAGCUAACAUUUUACGGGUCAAUAAAAAAGGAUCUGAUGUGGAAUGCUUCUGAUGUGUAACGUUUUUGUUCUUUUUGUGUCUAUUUCACCACAGGAAACCCAAUGCACCAGCAAAGCCAGCUCCUCCUUCUCCAGUACCUGGUCGGCGACCUGUGCCCUCAAGACCUUAAAUGUCAGCUGUGUCUUUGCAGUUCUUGAUAUGGAACAUAAAGCCCGG